AUGAAAGCAUCAGCUACCCUGGUGCUCGUGGCAGGUUUCUUGGCAGCAAGCUGUCUGGGAUCAUCACAACCCGUUAAACGCUCACCCGAUCGCCGAUAUUACACCUUGCAUAUACCCUCAUCCGAAGCCCAUUUGGCCGUUCAAGCUGCAGAUGCUUUAGGCGUGCAAUACGAAGGACCCGUUGGCGAGUUGACAACAUACUACCUCGUCAGCACAUUGGACCAUGAACAACUCUACAAGCGUGACCAAGCAGCAGCACCAGCAGCACCAGUACACGAUCCGAUCUUGGAAGCUUUCCAUGCGCACAAGGAACGACGAUGGAUGGAGACACGAGACACAGAGAGCCAUGCCUGGUGGGAUAGAGUUCAUGCUAUGGAUGCACAGGUGCCAAGACAACGUGUUAAACGGGCUGUACUUCCUGAACACCAUGCAAAGCGAGAGCCACCUUUUGUUGAGAUCAACCAAGGCAAGCUUACCCUCGAAGAUGCACAAGAGACGCUUGGUAUUCAAGAUCCAGGAUUCCCUCGACAAUGGCAUUUGGUGAACCAAGAGAAUGUCGGAAAUGAUAUCAAUGUUACUGGUGUCUGGAAACAGGGCAUCACCGGUGAAGGUUCUAUUGUUGCCAUCUUGGAUGAUGGGUUGGAUUAUGAGAGUCACGAUCUUCAUGACAACUUUUUUGCUGAAGGAUCAUACGACUUUAACGACCACGUUGAUCUACCCAAGCCAAAGCUCUUUGAUGAUACGCAUGGUACUCGUUGUGCCGGACAAAUCGCUGCAGUCAAGAAUGAUGUAUGUGGUAUUGGUAUUGCUUAUGAUGCCAAGGUGGCAGGUGUGCGUAUCCUCUCUGCAGAGAUUACAGAUUCGGAUGAAGCUGCAGCAUUGAACUACAAGUACCAGGAGAAUCAAAUCUUUUCGUGUUCAUGGGGACCACCUGAUAAUGGUGAGACAAUGGAGGCACCUACAGGCAUCUUGGCUGAAGCAUUUGUGAAUGGUAUCAAGAAUGGACGUGAUGGCAAAGGAUCGAUCUACGUAUUUGCUACUGGAAACGGUGCUAUCUCUGGUGACAAUUGCAACUUUGAUGGAUACACCAACAGCAUUUAUACGAUUACUGUGGGUGCCCUUGAUCACACCAAUUCGCAUCCUCCCUAUUCUGAAAGCUGCUCUGCACAAAUGGUGGUAGCUUAUUCUAGUGGCGGUGGUGAAUUCAUUUACACGACCAAUGUGGGUGAAAAUGUAUGUUCAGAUCGCCAUGGUGGUACUUCAGCAGCAGCUCCAACAGCAGCAGGCAUCUUUGCAUUGGUCUUAUCGGUGCGACCUGAAUUGACGUGGCGCGAUCUCCAACACUUGUGUGUGCAAACAGCUAUUCCUGUUGACUUGGAAGAUGAGGAUUGGAAAGAAUUGCCUUCUGGACGCAAGUAUAACCACAAGUUUGGAUAUGGCAAAUUGGAUGCAUAUGCCAUUGUGGAAGCUGCCAAGACGUUCGAGCACGUGAAUGAACAAACCUAUUUGGAAUUGCCAGUGGAUGUGGGUGGAAAGGUUAUUCCUGAAUCAACACAAGUCAAAAAGGUACCACUCAAGAGCACUAUCAAGGUGACUCAAGACAUGGUCAAGAAUGCUGGCUUGAAGCGAUUGGAGCAUGUGACAGCCACCGUCAAUAUUGAACACAAGCGACGAGGUGAUAUCGUGAUUACUCUUCAAAGUCCCAACAAUGUGGAAUCCGAGCUUGCUACCAUGCGACCUGGUGACAAGAGCCCUGAUGGUAUUCGUAAUUGGAAGUUCAUGUCUGUCAAGCAUUGGGAUGAGGAUCCUCUUGGUGAUUGGUCACUUCUUGUAUAUGAUGUUACACAUCCUGAGACCAACGGCACGAUGCUCAAUUGGACAUUGACACUUUGGGGUGAAAUGGAUCCAGAAUUUGAAGGCGAGCCUAUUCAUGAUCCACUCGCAGAACAUAACACCACAGUAUCCGAUUCUCAUUCCACCAUUGUUUCAUCCGCUGCUGCAACGAGCACGACUACAUCAGAGCAUGUCCCUGCACGACCUACACGUCUCAAAUCUACAACUACUGCCACUCCUGCUACAACUACAACUACAACAGCAUCGACUACAACCACCACAUCAACAACAACAACAACUGAAGAAGAGGAAGAUGAAGACACUACAACUAGUACAACUACAACAGCAACGACUGAGAAUGAUAGCACUGAUACACAAACAUCCACACCAGAGUCUAUAUCACCUGCGGCUGAUGCUGCCAAGCAAGAAGAUGAGGAUGAUGAGGAUGAUUCGACAUCACAAAGCCCUGGUAGUGGAAGUACAGUUGUUUAUGCAUUGGUGGGCACUGGUGCGAUCGUUGCUCUGGCUACUGGAUUAUAUGUUCAAAAACGCAAAUCAUGGCAACCACCUGCUGGAUCAGAGGCUGAACGACAUCGACAAGCUGCUGCCGAUUACGAGUUCUCAGUAUUGCGUCGAUCUGAAGAAGAUGAAGUCGAUGAUGAUGAUAUUACAAGCGACCGCCAUGCAUUGUUACCCGAGAAUGACCCUAGUAGAAGGAAUCGUUCAUAG